UGGCAACGAAAACAAACGAAUUUACGAGCAACAGCCCUUGUGGGCAUCAAUCAAUAAAGUUUACAGUUUGUAAGUAAUUUGCGCCUGGGAACGAGGUUGUAAUUUGCGGAGUGAAGAAAUUCCGGAAGUCUACUUGCGUUUUGCUUGUGAGUUCAUUUUGCAACCAAGUUUAGUAGAGGUCGACUGGGAGGAAGUCUGAAUUGGGAAGCACAUGAGCAAGUCGGCGUUUCUUUGUUUAUUAUUUUAGAAAGCCAGCAUGAUGAAAGUUCUGGUGGGCGCAUUCAUCUUGGCAGGUAGGUCAUACAGUAGAUCAACAGAUAUAGCAAUGUAGCAUCUUAUUUUAAUGAGAUUCGAACGAAUCCAACAAAAAAGGUGAUACAUCUAUCCUAAAAUGUAUUAAAUAUUGUUCAUUGGUAUGCAAACAAUUAAGGAUAUCGUAUUUAGUUUAAAACUGCAUGCGAACGCUGAGUGGUGUUAGAGAGCGUUAGAUUUUAACUCACGAGUACGAUUACAACUAAGAGGUUCUUAAAUUUGGACACGACAUUCUUACGCUAUCUUCUUACGCUAUUAUGUACUGACGCGCCUUAUAAAUCUCGUAUCAAAGCCCAGGACAAAUUGACACAGGAAUUUUUGAAAAAUCUCGCAGCAAAAUAAGCAUCUACAGUUGUACUACAAGAUUAUGUCGUGCCGUGCGACUGAAUGGCGAGUACAGUAUUUGCAAGGCAACAGAUCUCAUAGUCGUUUCGUCUAAAGCUCUCUAUAUUAAACCAUUGACUACGGCGCAAUGCGAUCGCAUGUUCAAUCAUGAAGCGUAAAUUAUCUUGUAAGUUUAACACAAUUCCAGUCAAUUGGAAAAUCCUCUGAGUGACGAGAAAGAGUUACUUUUAAUGUACACGGGAUUUUAGCUUAGGCUGCGUUAAAGAGUUUCAUUUCAAUAUUGAUGACUGUUGAAAAAUCAAGAAUAGAAACCUCGUAAUUUUCAGUGAGCAAAACCUCGUAUGCACGGGUCAAAUUUUUGUAUGUGGAAUUAAAACUUGAUUAGUUCCAGCUGUUGAAAUCAUUGCUUAAACCAUUGUUUAAAUUCAGAAACAAAACAGUUGCGCUUCGGAUUUAUUUCACCGCUUUGAUAGUUUACGUCAAUGUAUAUGAAAAUAAUUAGCAUAUAUACCAAUUAGAUACACGGACAGAAUGAUGGAAAGUCUCAAUGUCUCACUAUCCUAAUAAGUCAUUUCCUGGAAUUAAGGUCGAAUGUCGAUAGCCGUGAGAACCAGUGUAGGCAAUAGUAAAGAAAUGUAUACUAUAUAUUCGAUAUUAGUAUAAACCUACUAGUAGGCUAUCACAUUUCGUGCCUUCUGAUUGGCUACACUACUAGUAGGCUAUUAGUGAUAGUCUACUAAUAGAAAAUUCAAAAUGGCGGAAAAUUCGCGUUUUGCACUUUUGCCGAAGUGUCUGAUGAUUUUUUGGACGACUUGUUGAACAAUUCUGUACUAAAAAAUCCCGAAAAAAGCAACAAAAAUAUGGAAUGCAAUUUUUAAGGGUAAGAAAAUAGACAAAAUAACAUACACUCAAUGAAAUUUUAAAAUUAAAACUGAAUUUUGUAAAACAUUUUACGCGAACAAAAACUAAAAUAUUUGUUUACCUUUAAUUAAUGGUUUUAUAAUGUUUUUUGUGUAUUUUUGUAUUGUGUUUGCAGCCUAGUUGUAAAUUAAUGUUAAAGUUUAUACUAAAACAAUUAGACAACUCGGCCUCGUUGUCUAUGAGCAAAUAGUCAACUCGGCUUCGCCUCGUUGACUAUUCGCUCAUAGACAACUCGGCCUCGUUGUCUAAUUGUUAAUUAGUGCAAGCAAUAUUUCGAGCACAGUGCGUCAGUGCGUGUUAAAAUUAUGUUGUUUGAAAUCAUAGAAAUGUCCCGUGUUUCCACCGACGUACUACUAUCUUAUACUAUAAUCUAAAAUUACGGCAAUAAUUUUUUUUUCAAAAUGCGGCAAUAAUUUUGUUUUUUCUAUAGUGCUAGUAAACACUGGCAAUGCUGAAGGGGGUGAUGCUGAUAUACGGUCAUGUGUUAAAUCUCCACCGGUGAGUUUUAAAAAAGACAAAUAAGCGAAUUCAAAGCUAACCAGAAUAGCAUGAGUCCGAAAAACGAGUGUUGAUACAAAAGACAAUGUUUGCAACAUCUCAGUUACUUUUAACUUGCAAGUAAUGAAUAAUGCUUUAACUGAACAGCAUUUAAAAUUAACAAAAUGGGCGAUUUAGCUACUUCUCGUUCAGUGAGCUCAUAACGAACAACCUAGUUAUACUUUGUUAAACAUUAAACUCAUUAAAACGGUUACUAUUGCGACUAAUUAAUGCCACAAACGAGGGAACUUUAAAGUGGCUAUAACGAAGGUUCCGAAGGGGGUCUAAAUCACAUUUCGCUGAGCCAUAAUCCCAUUGCCCAUAUCCCAGUUUCCUGUGCAUGUUGACUUUAAAACACAAUAUUUUACUUUCAAUAACUCUCUUUAUAGCAAUAACUUUAGAAAGAAAAAAAAUUAAAGUCUAUAAAUGCCUGUCAUUCUAUAUCACAUACGAGACAUACUACUAAGUAAAUCACAGACUCCGCAAUAGCAGAAAAUGACCUCGGGUUAGAAAAGGGCAGAGUGCAAUCUUCCAGGACUUUUUUUAGACAAACUCGUAUUCAAAAGUUAUCCAGUAGCUUUCCUUGAAGUUAGUUUAAACUCUGAAAUGUCCAUCUAUGCUACAGGAUUAAUUGGUAUAUGGAUUUCCCCAUGCCUAUUUAUGUGUCUGUCAUUCCCAGUGCAUUUCCAUUUUCCAGUCAAAAGAAAAUAGGCACAUCCCAGUUUCCAUUUUACCCCUUCAGGACCCUCACAAUCACUGCCAGUUAUGCUCAUGUUAGGAUUUUAUGUUAACUUAAGGCCACAUUUCAACCAUGCUCGAUAAUAUAUUUAUGUAGUAUUAUCCCAGAACUGUGGUAAAAACGACUGAUCGUUUGGCAAAACUUCGUGAGGAAAUGAAGAAGGAAGGCUUGGCAGCAUACAUUAUCCCUUCGACCGACUCACAUGGGGUAUGCAUAUUUUUUAUGAUCGCAUUGUAGAAAAUUCAAAAUGACAAAAUGAGAUUCUUUGGCAAACUGUCUUACUCUUGGCUUGUUUCGUUCUCGAUAUUUGACCGACAGUUUCUUAUUAUGACGUCACAUUGCUAAAGGAGUUUCUGUAAAAAUUCAAGAUCUUGGAAUAAAACCUAGCCUCCUCCGCAGGCAACUUUGUAGUUCUGCAACGUUAUUAACCAUAAAAGAUUUAUCAGGAACGUAGAAAAUACAAGGAAAUACUAGUUCUGAAAUACGAUAUGAUAUUAAUAAACACUGGAGCGUAAAAAUAGGGAGGCUUGUGGAUAAUGUAGGAAUUAAUGGGCUUUUUAAUUUACGCUCCAGUGUUUAUUAAUAUCAUAUCGUAUUUCAGAACUAGUAUUUCCUUGUAUUUUCUACGUUCCUGAUAAAUCUUUUAUGGUUAAUAACGUUGCAGAACUACACAGUUGCCUGCGGAGGAGGCUAGAAUAAAACCGUGCAUAUGUGUUAUGUCAACAUGCCACAAAUAUAUGUUGUAUGUCGAGCUAUAUAAACGCUAUAGGACCUACAGAAAUCAGAAACCAUUUUGCAAUUGACGUCAUAGUGAGAACAAUUUACACACCAAACAUUGUUAAAUAUCUCAAGAAAGAAACAAAUUAAAAAAGUUUGGCAGAGUAGUCAUUUUGAUGUUACCAUCAAAAAUGGUGAAAAAUUGCGUUGCAUAAGCACUUUAAAAACUUUCAUUUUUUUGUGACAGAAUGAAUACGUGAAAGAACGUGACAAGAGACGGGAAUUUAUCAGCGGUUUCAGUGGGUCUGCUGGUAAGUUAAGGAUGUGGUACAGUACAGUCCUUUCUGGGUAUAAAAUCCUCUUGACUAGGUUCUACGUUCUUGCAAAGCCUCCUCAAUAUAUUUUGAUAACUUAUCUUCAUAAAAUAUAAAUAGUUGUUACCACUCAUUUAUAAAAAAGUAUGAAGCCCGUGUAAAGGACCUGAAUUUGAAUUUUGAGGACUGUAAUUCAAAGUUAGUCAAAACGGAUAUCUCAUCAUUGCAAUAAAAAUUUCAUCCAUCGAAUUUUGACUAGAUGCUAAAAUUUGUCAAUAUUCACUUUGACUUCAUUUAGCAGAGAUUGAGAGAUAAAAAGCAUUUAAUUUGCAUUCAAAGCGGGUUUUUGUUGCAUUCCGUUUGUGUUUUUAUCAGUGCGAAAUUGAAAUGAACUGUGUUUAAAAAUAACGUCACAAGGAGUUCAUUUCAGGAACGGGACAAAAUAUCCAGAAAUAGAAAAUAUCGUUACGGAUUAUUAUUAGGACUUAAACAUUGGUUAUUAUUUUUUAUAAGAGUGGCAUUUCUUCAGAUUAUUGCAUCCAAAGUAUUCCAUAGGUACGGCUAUCGUGACGAUGAAUAAUGGCAGUGCAUUGUGGACCGAUGGCAGGUAUUUUCUUCAAGCCGAAAAGCAGCUUGAUUGCAACUGGAUCUUACAAAAACAAGGUAUUCUAUUACAUCUUGUAAUCUUUGUAAUCGUAAUUUUUAAUCUUUUGAUCUCGAACCCAGAGAACGCCCGUUCGUAUAUAGGUGCGUGGCACCUAGCCUGCGAACGUGCAUAAUCCGGGCAUGCACGAAAUUGGUUGUAUUCUAAUUAGAGUUAUCUCACAACUUUUCAUUCUUAGGCCAACCUGGAGUACCUUAUCAAUCAGAGUGGCUUAAAAAGGUAACCUGUAUUCCCAAGCUAUAUGCACUGCGAAUCUCUGGAUGCAUAAUCACUAGUAGGAAAAAUUUUGAAAUCUAAAUUUUCGUUUCUGAAUGGUGUUUCCUGAGUUUUGUGAAUAAUUUGACAUGCAGAUUCUGGAUGAUUUUCAUGUUAAGUUCUCCAACUAUGUUCUUUUUUGAGAAGCGAACUUAGCUAACAAGCACACCCUGACAUUUGGGGCUAAACCCUCCCCCCUUCCCCUCCACCCUUCCCCUCUCACAAUUUCACUUACGCAUAAAGCAAUUUCAAUUGAUAAUAGCUUUAACUUUAAAGUGAGCAUUAUUUUUAAAUCAUGAUAUUGAAUCAGUUUAUUACUCUAAUAAAUGUUUGAAGAUUGUUUUGACUACGUUCGACUGCCAACUAUGCAGUGUCUGCCUGCCUCGACAUACUUUCUCAUAUUGAUUAACGACAUCUCUUAUCUACAGGUGCUCGAAUCUGGUGAUGUUGUCGGAAUCGAUCCCUUCCUGCGAAGUAUAAGUACGAUAAACGCUUUUAUGGUCUAUUCGCAUUCUCAAAAACCGAAAAGAAAUUCAUAUUUGAAUUAAAUAUUUUAAAACUAGACGAAGGCGUUCUACAAAACCCUUUCGGAAAUUUCCUAAAGUACGAGUAUUUGAAACUUUGUCAGGACGUAAAUAUAGAGGCUCAGAUAGUACUUCCACUACCGCUACCAUUAAGGGACUAUCAACCAAUCAGAUGCGUUUAUAUAUCCGAUUAACCAAUCAGAUGCGUUUGAUAUAUCAGAUUAACCAAUUAGAUGCGUUUGAUAUAUCCGAUUAACCAAUCAGACGCGUUUGAUAUAUCCGAUUAACCAAUCAGAUACAUACUAACCCAUGCAGUUAGAGAUUAGAACCUCUAGUUUGAACCUCUAUAAUAUAGCCAACUCAACCUACUUCAUGACGAAAAAUGUUCUCUGGAAACGUAGAAUUGUCGUUAAUUAGUCGUUCCACUUCUUCUAAAACAAACCACAUUUAUAGGUAAAAAAUACGCGCAUGAGCAGAACGGGCUUGACUGUCACUUUAAAUUUGUCAACAUAAUUGCAAUAUUUCACCCAUAUUUUCCUUUUUUCCUUUCAUCACAGGAUCCUGGGAUAGCACAGUUAAGGUAGGACUAAAAGUCAAGCAUGUAACACAUAUUUUAGCAAGAAUUUUGCUUAUAUCUGUUCCCCAUGCAAAGAAGUAAUUCUACUCCCUUUUGCAAAUUAUCAACUCUCUGAUCGUCCAAGCAAAUAACAAACACAUGCAUAUAUUUUCAAAUCUUUAUUAUUAGUCCUUGAAACAAAAAAACCUAACCCUCAAAGGUGUUGAACGAAAUCUCGUAGAUGCAAUAUGGACAAAUCGUCCCAAAGAAGUUGAGAAAAAAGUCGUCGUCCACCCGAAAAAAUACACAGGUUUGAUUCUUAAUGUCGUUUUAAUUGUCGAUUGAUAUAUAUGUUAAUUCCUGACUGUGUCAGUUCCACUGAUCACAAAUAUGGAGCUGUCAGGCCGUAGUAUUAGUAUUUCAGUUUGGCUGUAUUUACUGUAAUAUCUGAAGUAUUGUUUUUGUUCAAAAAGGGAAAGAUUGGUAUAAGAAAGUUAAAGAUGUUCAAGAAAAAAUGAAAGAAAAGGGCACAACAGCACAUGUUGUACAGAGCUUAGACUCUAUUGCUUGUGAGUAUACAUUACUGAUCGUGGAAAUUACCACGAUUGUGUAUUUUGUGAUACCGUUGAUAUUUAACUCUGAUCUUAAUUUACGUGAAUGACUAUGUGUGAUUCACAUUUUAGGGUUACUAAAUCUGCGAGGUGACGAAAUUUCUUACAAUCCUGUGUUUUUUUCCUAUGUCGUCGUGCAAAAGGAUGAAGUUUUGUAUGUAAUGAUGUUGUGUAAUUAUAUACUUUUAGCAAAUAUUAAUUAAUGUAAGGCAAAGAAAAAUGGACGCAAUGCAAAGCUACGCCAUUAGCAUUGCCAGGAAAAAAUGGGAAAACCUCAUGCAUGUCGAUCAUCACAGCAAGCACCUUUCGCUUCUGAGAUUGUGGGUUCGAUUCCCGUUCCGGACUCAAUACAUUUACGCAUGUGAAAAGAGUCCGUCUACUCAGUCAAUGCUCUAGAGAACGUCGUGGGUUUUCUCGGAUAAUGCGGUUUCGUCCCACAGGGAAUGUUAACAGGAUGAGUUGAGAUUAACAUCUGAGUAUUCUUCCAUCGUAUAGAUGUGCUCCACGAUAAGACUCAUGAAUCAUAAGAUGGCUGGCAGAGGCGCCUGGUUAGCUGUGAUCGGUGAUACGACACGACUCAUAUUAAGAGGGCGCCUUCGUAAUUUAGCUUAGCUCUCAGUAGGGACAGGAACAUUAUGCUAAAAAAUUGCCUAUUAUGCUAUUCUCAAAUGCUCCUGUCUUUACCCUAUUAUGCCCAAAAUUUUUCCCUAUUACGCCCAUAAUUAUGCUAUAUCAUAUUCAAUCAGGAGCACAAAAAACAAGAACUUUAUUUAAUAUAACGUUUGUUAUAAUUAACGUUUGUUAUAUUGCAACAUAAGUGCAUGAGGCCUCAACAAGGUCCUCUGGCCCGCAGAUGGUUGUCACAUAUGUGUAUUACGUAAUUACGUUGGCAAAAUGACGUCAUACCGAAACUUUUGCCUAUCAUGCUCGCUCUUUGCCUAUUGUGCUCGAUCUCAAAAGGGUUCCCUUUUAUGCUAAAAGAAAUGCCGGCAUAAUGUACCUGUCCCUAGCUCUCAGUUUAUACUGUUUGUGCAAGAAAAAGUGUUUUCUCAUAUAUUAUAUCACAUACAUGCGCGGGAUAUACGAGUUUGUUUUGGUUGGCGAAAUGAUAAAGAGUGCUCAAUAUUUUUGUCAAAAUGUUUUAGAUUCUUCGUGGACGGAAACAAAAUUUCCUCACAAGCUGUCCAAGUUCAUCUGAACCUUGGACAUUGUUCCGGCGAGUCGUAUUGUAUCAAAAGAAAACCUUAUGAUUCAGUUGUAAAGGAAUUAGAAAAAAUCAGCAAUAACUUAACUGGUGACGCUAAAAUAUGGGUAUGGAUAUAUAUUGAUCUGAUUGGACUGAUUUUAUUUUGCUUUCAUCUGUUUGUAUAUAAAGUGUUUAUGUGAUUGUAUGUUAGUCUGUUAGCGCAAGUACUCAAAAACAUCUGGUGGUAGAAAAAAAAUUAAAAAUAAUAAAAUAUUGUAAAAUAAAGUGUUAAAUAAUGCUAUAAAAUAAUUGUAGCAGUAAAAGCAAAACGUACUGAACUUCAAACAUCGCUUUCCCUUGGUGUACAAUUUAAAAUCUCUUUGCUUUAGUGUUAUUUUUAAAUGUUACUUUUUAAGUUUGUCUGCCAAUUGAGAAACAUCGAGAAUCAAAAAGUCAAAAUUCUGAAAUACAGUGAUAAGCAAGUGGCAUUAUAUUUAUUAGUUUCGAGCACGACGUGAUGUGUUACGUAACAUUGAAAAAAAUCAGUUCAGGUUUACAUACAGAUUGGUAUUGUGACGUAAAGUAUCUAAGGAUAGAAAGGGAUAAAAUUUUGGCACAUAAUAUGCUGUUGUUAACGGUAUUUUUUCUGUGUUACUCAGUCUUCUUCCCUCUAUAGCCGUCUCUGAUAUUUUUCUAUUUUUAGUUCAGUCCAACGGAUAGUCAUGCUCUCAGACAACAUGUUGCUGACGUAAGAUAUUUACUACUUAUACCUAAGAUAUUUAGUACUUAUACCUACAUUACAAUUUAUAUUGUAAUAAAUAUGACUCACGUUGACAACACCUAAAUUUUAUCAGUUCUCGUUGUUUAGGAUAAAGUUUAUCUCGGCUAUUCACCCAUUAUUUUGAUGAAAGCAAAAAAGAACAAAGUUGAAGUGGACGGAAUGAGAAGCGCUAACGUAUGUAGAGCCAUCUAAAAUGGAAAACGAAAUAGGUUGUGAUGUUUACAUGUUUGGGAAAGGCAUUUCCUUGUGAUUUAAGUGCAUGGUACUAUAAUCUCAAAUAUGAUUUUUGCAUGUGUAAAUAAUAGUUGGAUCAUUCUAAGAAGAAAUGUAAUAUAUAUUUAUAGUAAGAAAACCUCAUCUUGAUAAAUUUUUCAGAUCUUGACAGAUCUGAUGAAUGGUAACAGCAAAAGUAUCAUCCAGUAACUUUAUAGUGAAAAAGUUAAUCAGAACGAGGUUUUCACUAUAAAGAUAACAAAAUGAUCCAAAUAUUUCCAGUACCAGGAAUCCUAUUUGGGAGCCGAACGCGUGAGUUUGUAUAUCCGAUAUACAACACGGAUACGAUUAUUGUAAAUGGCUUGUGAAACGUCUUGAUAAGGACAUUCGUAUUCUUCAACAGUUUAAAAUAAAUUAAUGAUAUUUGGUGAGAAAAUUGAACUUAAAGUUUAUGUAAAUUAGCAUGAUUCUGUAUCAGGUAUACAAACUCGUUCACGCUUAUGAUUUCUUUUGUGUUUUCGUCAUGAAUUAUUAAUUCUUAAAAUAUUAAAAAAAAUAUUUAAAAGAUUAUUAAUUAUUUGACUGUUUUGUUUUUACAGUUGAAGGACUCAGUUGCCUUGGCGGAAUUCUUUUUGUAUGCAGAAGAACAGGUAGAAACGCUUUCUGUCAAACGUGGGGAAAGAGUGGGAUCUCGGGAUCAUGAGGGCGAUUCAGGACGACAUUUAAAAUUUUUCACACAUACGUUUUUCACUCAUAUACGUUUCAAUUUUUCACACACAUCUCAAGGAAUCAUUUUAUCAUAUUUCCAUAUCUGUCAUUUGAGACAUGUAACAUAAAUACAUAAACACAGUAAAGUGUCAAAUUUUGCAUUGUUUUUACGCACGUUUGAGGAAAUGUUGAGGCAAAUGCGUGUUUAGUUUUCGAUAACAGACUAAUCUCAGCUGACCCCUCCCCCCCCCUGGAGCGGCGGAGAAACAGUCUGCGAUCAAUCAACACUACGGUUGUCAACACUAAUAUAAUACAGUUGCCCCCACACAACGGAGGGGGGGGGGGGGAAUAUGAUUGGUUGAAAUUUUCCUUUGUGAUCACGCCGAAGUUACUCUGCGUCCGCCAUCUUGGAUUUGACAUUUUUUUAAUAAUUUUAUGAAUAAUUUUAAAUUAAUUAUGCAAAACACUGCUAACAUAACUGUACGGCAUCGGUCCAGGUGGGUCGGCUGAGAUCAGCCUGCUAUCGCAGACUAUUGCGUGUUAUGCAAUAUACAAAUUAAUCUCUUACUAAUCUAAAUUUUUUAAAGAUUGAAAAGAAAGCGAAUAUAACCGAGCUUUCACUGGGUGAGAAAAUGAAAGAAUUUCGCAGGUGAUAACCUUAAACCAAUAAUUAUUCCCAGACGUAUAUCUAUAUUAAACUAAUUAAAUUUUCAACACUGUAGGCCUAUUAAAAAAUUCUGGGGGAAAUCUACUACUUUCUACUCCCAUUAUACACGUACGUUAGGGAAGGCAUUGCCUUCGAAGGCAAUGCCUACCCUAACGUACGUGUAUAAUGGGAGUAGAAAGUAGUAGGUUUCCCCCACAAUUUUUUAAUAGGCUUACAGUGUUGAAAAUUUAAUUAUCAGCUAACACUUUAAUUAUGACUACUCGGAAAUAAACGGUAAGAGAUCCGGUACUGGGUUUCUAUUGAUCGACCGCAGUGUUGGUUUAUUUUAGACAAUAUGGUUUUGCAAAGUUUGUUCACAUUUGCAGAUACACGAUGUGAAUGAAUUUCGACUUAAAGAAAUUGUUCACAUAUAGAAUCAAUGUUUCUAAAAAUUCUAUUUCUAGCAAACAAGCCUUGUACAAAGGUCUCAGUUUCCCCUCAAUCAUUGGAUUUGGUCCAAACAGCGCAGUGAUUCAUUACACGUGAGUAAAAUACUGUAAUUCACAUUUCAAAUAGAAAAUAUGGUGGCUUCGCCCGAAAUUUCCAUCUUCGAAAAACCCGUUAACCAUUAGUUACCAUCGAGUGAGAUGCCUCAGACUGAAUAAUUCGUGGUAUCAUGCUCAGCCUAGCUCAUCCAAUAAUUGUUUUUUUAUUAUUAUGUAAUAGCCUAUUUUAAAUGAUCUUGUUACGCAAACGGCUUUGUGCUUACUGCAUACUAUAGUCAUUCGUGACUGAAGCAGGCUAAUAAUUGUAAAAGUGCGCAUGCUCAUACAAGUGCGCAACACCUUUAAUAUCGUGGAUAAUAUCUUUAAUAUUUUUUUAAAGAUAAUAAAAAUAUACCAGUUUUAUUAAUUGUUACUUUCUCGCGUUAAAGAGCAUCGGAGAAAACCGACAAACAAGUGACAGAUCAAUCAACACUUUUGGUGGAUACAGGUUCACAAUAUCUGUAAGUACCCGACUGGGCUCACGACGUUGUUUCAACGUUGAAAUUUGGUAGAAAAAAGGUUGCGGCGUCGACAACCUAAUAUCUACGUUGCUCUGACGUUGUUUUAAAAACAUUGGUUCAACAGCAGCCAACAGACGUUGAAUCAACGUUCAUUCAUGGUUAAACUGUGUACGACGUCGAUUUGUGAAGUAAUCUCAACGUUGUUUCAACGUUGAUUCAACGUUGAAUUAUGGUUGACGAGAUUGGCAACCUAAUUUCAACGUUGUUCCAACGUCGAAACAGUAACGUAGAUCCAAUUUGCAUUAUCAAUCCUUUUUCAACGUCUAUCCAACGUCUGAAAGGUCAUUUCCAACGUUGAUUCAACGUUGAACAAACGUCAUUUUGCCCGCUGGGACACUUUCUCGCAAGUUAUUUUUACGAGUCUUCCAAAUCCCGCGAGGGGAAGUGUGAAGGGGGAAGCGUAAUUAACAUAUAUGAUAUGGAAAUGUGAAAAACUAAUUAGAGGCGUCUUUAUAAGCUGUGAUUUUGUGUUGGAAACUUCACGACUUCACCGUGCACAAAUAUUUUUAAAUUGUGCCAAUUAAUAUUUCAAAAGCACGAGUGAGUCAAUGGAAUAAUAAAAUUGGAUGGUUGCUUUUUAUUAGCCAACAUUAAAAUUCCUUGUUUUGAACACGUACAUGAACAUGGACAAGAACAAAAACCGUCCGCAAAGCUUCCAGUCUAAUUCUUGCCUCCAGACUAGAUUUGACUUGGAAAUGCAGAUAUUAGCUUUUUUAACUAGCGUUGGAAAUGCAGGAAUUAGAAUUGGUACAAAUCUUUUGAAAUCAGUAUUUCAAAAACACCGAGAUUGAGUGAUUCAAUAAAAUGAUAACGUUGGAUCGUUGUUGUAUUAGGCGAAUAUUUAAAAUGUCUUGUUUUCAACGUGCAUAAAUAUGGACAAAAGAUACACCAUAUCUUUCAGACUAUAUGUUGCUUCUAUAGACAAUACCUGACUUGGAACUGCAGAAAAUCGCGUUCUAGACAUACAAAAAUCAUAUUUUUUACCUCAGCUUCCCCUUUCGAUAGACAAUAUACAAACUUUGGCCUUGAUAAUGAUUUUAUACUCCUCAACCCGACAAUUGCAACCCCAUUCAAUUAAUAAUCGCAAACAUAUGGUAUGCUUGAAUAUAGCGAUGGUACCACAGACGUUACUCGUAGUGUCCAUUUUGGAACGCCAACUGCAAGACAGAAGGUAACAAACAUAAGAUUAAUUGUCUUCCUGAAUUUCAUCAAUCAUGACAAAUUUAUUGUUAUUAGCCAACUCAGAGUCUCGUCUGCGCAUCUAAAUUACGCGUUCAGCGUCAGGAUAAGCUUCAAGUCGGAGAUAUAGUCGCACGGUUGAAAGGCAUGCACUAUAAUCUUUGUGAGAAUUUUAAAUAAAUGGCACGUAGGAUUGUGGGAUUGAAAUAUGACACAUCAAAUUUUCCUGCCAUUAACAAUUUUUCUGCCAUUAACAACUUAAUUUCAUUUGCAUGCAAGUGGCAUUAACUAUGAUGUAAAAGUUUUCUCAUUCGUGUUGUCGAAUUUUUAAAAAUUUUUCUGCCCUGAGUUCUGACUUUAAAUAUACUCAUGUUGCAGAGCGCAUUUACUCGUGUUCUGAUGGGACAUGUCGAUGUGGCUAUGGCUGUCUUUCCCCAAGGAACGUACGGUACGAUAAUUUUUAUCUACCUGCUGUGCUAAACACAGGGGGGGGGGAGGGAUAUUAAUCUACAAAACGCGGACAAGAAUCUUCGGUAUUUGAUUUUGAUUAUUUUGAAGAUGUUCGGCAUUUUGUAAAAUAAUUUGGAAUUUCGUUGAAGGGACUUAGAUUUUGGAAGGAUUUAGAAUUAUUUUGUGGAAUUAACGAGUAGUAAUAUACACUAUUCAACAGAUAAUUGAACAGAAUAGGUUCAGCAGCCCAUUUUUUGUGCAUUAAUGUUAAUAUGUCUUGUCUAGGUCGUGCACUCGAAAUAUUUCAACGUGAACCGUUGUAUAGGAAUGGUUGGAACUACCGCCAUGGGUCUGGCCAUGGCAUCGGAUCUUAUCUUUACAUUCACGAAGGUAGACGGUUGAAUAACAAUAGAAAGGUUCAGAUUUGAUUUGAUUAUAAACUACAACCGUUUUCAUUUAUUUCAGGGCCUGGUUGGUUUGCAUCGGGUUGUCCUACAGCUGCUGAAGAACCGUUAGAUAUUGGUUUUGUGAUCACAGAUGGUUAGAGCUGUGAUUUACUGAAAACAUUUUUAAAAAUUCUUUUAACUCCGCUUGGAGGUUAUGUUUAUAUAAGACAUUUAAUAAGUAGUGCGACUUUUCAAUCUGGUUAUGUUAGUUGAUAAAGGAGAAACUUUUAAAAUAGUAUCAAUGAGCGUAUUUUCCACAUUUUCCACGUUAAAAACUCAAAAUCGGCUACAAAAAUCACAUUCCUGGAUCAUCAUCAUAUAAUUCUUGCGAACUUUCUAUAGUAGUUCAUUUUUGUUAGCUCACUCACAUGGGUUCUUUGUUGUACCUAUUCUUGACUUGCAAUCAAUCCCAUGAAAAUUAUAAGACAAUGGGAUGGCGGCCAUGUUGGUGCCAAAUUCAAAAGAAGUUAAUGAGAUUCUUUUGUUGAAAGGGGACCAAUAUGGCCGUCGCCACAUCAUUGCACGGUGAAGAACAGUUGGCUAUUAAUCUCAUUAUAGAACCUGGCUUCUAUGAAGAUGGUAAUUUUGGUGUGCGAAUCGAAACAGCAUUAACUGUGGUUAACGCGUCUACUCCAGUAAGUUACCUUCAUUUCUUCAUCAAAACGAUAGUCGGGGUUGUAAAGUGGUACCAUGCAUGCAACGGUGAACUAUAUAGCCAUAGUAACAUGCACAGUGGUGGAAAUCUCAGUGGGGGGGGGGGGGCAGCGACUGCCCUCCCACCUUCACGGAAAAUUGACAAAUUUUCGGAAAUUUUGACCUAAAAGAGGGCUAUAAACAGCCUUUUCGAGUUCAAAAGGGGGGAGGGGGUUUGUCGGAAACAAACGACCAGUUGCCAUGGCUAGCUUCGCCACAAGUGACACGUACGUCAUGCUUACUACGAUUGUCAAGUGCUAACAAGACAUUUAUCAGUAUAAUGGACUAAUUUUUAUAAAAUCGACAAAAUUUGCUAAUAUUUUGAUAUGUCAUUAUCUCUUGUAUUUCUUUAGAAUCGCUUCGGUAACAUGGAUUACUACAAAUUUGAUCCUAUCUGUUACGUACGUAAGGCAAAGUAACAUUAAAUUCCCAUUUCGCAAAACAACUGCGACUGACAAUUUUAUAUUUUCAAAACACAUAUAUUACUUUCACUACUUUAGUUUCCAAUACAACGAAAACUUAUUGACGAAACUAUAAUGAGUGACCAUCAGGUACGUUAGAGCAUAGAUUGUAAAAUAACUGGAUAGGAAACUUCCUGACGUCACAGUCUAAACUUAGUUGCAAUCUGUGACGUCACAUGUUUGCCAAAGUUCUCAGCAUUUUUGUUGUUUCGCUACAUUUUCCGGUUUAAAAUAGUAAUAUUGAAGCAUAAACUGGUCUAAUUGUUUUAAAAACGAGGUCGGGAAUCUUCGAGUUAAGCCCUUCGAGUUAAGCCCCUCGAGUUAAGCCCCUCGAGUUAAGCCCUUUUCGAGUUAAGCCCCGACCACGCCCUGUUUUGCCAAGACCACGCCCUUUUUCAAAAAGGGCUUAACUCGAACAACGAAACACGAUUUGGGUUAUUCGAGUUAAGCCCCGGGGCUUAACUCGAAGUUUGACAAAAAGGUUGUUGCUCGAGUUAAGCCCCGACUUUUGAAGUAUGUCAACGAGUGCAAUAUUAAAUUGUCAAAUUUUCAAUACAAUAAAGCCAAAGCACAGAAAUUUUCCCCAAAAGAACUUAUAUAUCGCUGACGUAAUACGAUUAUCAAAAACAAACACAACUAUUAUCGUAUUUUAGGUAUAUUUUAGGUUGUUCAUAUUAAAUUGAUAUUAAAUUUAACAACAGGUAAUUACUUUUAAUUUAGUGAAUCGUUUAUCCACAACAAAACAACAAAACAAUAUUUUAAUUAUAAAAUAGAUAGAAUCCUAACUCGUUCCUUUUGCUUCAAUGUGCACAAUACAAAUUAACAGUUUUACUGUAACAGAAAAGGUGCAACCUUCUCCCAUCACCUUGAAUAAAACUAAUCUAUUAAGAAAAUGAUCGAAAAUGACAGCAUGUAAAAACUAAAGAAAAAGGGAGGAAAGGGAAGGAAUUUCGGUAUAGAAUGAUCUGUCUUUGACAACUUGCGCCCAGAGACUCGCACCUCAUACGCACAUGCAUGUACAGUCAUUUUAUUAGCCAAAUGGUUACGAAUCACGAAUGGUUUCAUUUGGGUAAACAAAUUAUCACGGGGAGAAAUUGUUACAUUUGAGUAACAUACCCAAAUGUAACAAUUUAUCCCCGUAAUAAUGGCGUUACGUUGACUUGUAUUAUUAAAAAGGGAAUAUUUGCUGAGCCAUUAGUAAUUUUAUAAACGAAAUGGUGACGUAGCGCCAUUAUUACGGGGAUAAAUUGUUACAUUUGGGUAUUUUACUCAAAUGUAACAAUUUCUCCCCGUGAUAAUUUGUUUACACAAAUGAAACCAUUCGUGAUUCAUAACCAUUCAUUUGGCUAAUAAAAUUGCUGUACAUGUGCGUAUGAGCCGUGAAUCUCUGGGCGCAAGUUGUCAAAGACAGAUCAUUCUAUACCGAAAUUCCUUCCCUUUCCUCUCCUUUUUUUUGGUUAUUACGUGCUGUCAUUUUCGAUCAUUUUCUUAAUAGAUUAGUUUUGUUCAAGGUGAUGGGAGAAGGUUGUACCUUUUUUGUUACAUUCAAACUGUUAAUUUGUCGAUAUUGUGCACAUUCAAACAAAAGGAACGAGUUAGGAUUCUAUCUACUUUAUAAUUAAAAUAUUGUUUUGUUGUUUUGUUGUGGAUAAACGAUCCACUAAAAGUAAUUACCUGUUGAGUGUUGUUAAAUUUAAUAUUAAUUUAAAUAUGAAAAACCUAAAAUAUUGUUAACGAUAAUAGUUGUGAUUGUUUUAGAUAAUCAUAUUACAUUAGCGAUAUACAAGUUCUUUUUGGGAAAAUUUCUGUGCUUUGCCUUUGGCUUUUUUGUAUUGAAAAUUUGACAAUUUAAUAUUGCACUCGUUGACAUACUUCAAAAGUCGGGGCUUAACUCGAGCAACAACUUUUUUGUCAAACUUCGAGUUAAGCCCUGGGGCUUAACUCGAAUGACCCAAGUCGUGUUUCGUUCUUCGAGUUAAGCCCUUUUGGAAAAAGGGCGUGGUCAUGGCAAAACAGGGCGUGGCCGGGGCUUAACUCGAAAAGGGCUUAACUCGAGGGGCUUAACUCGAAGGGCUUAACUCGAAGAUUCCCGACCUCUUUAAAAACAUGCCUAAGCCACGACAAAGUAUUCAAGGUAAAUGUUUUUCGUCUUUGUUUUGUAUUUUUUUUUACAUUUGUAGCUACGAAAUUGGCGUCGCCAAUUUUAACGAAAUUUGCGAUGCAUUUUUCACUGUUUAGUGCUUGAAGUAUUUGCUAUAAUUGACUGGGAAUACUUAGAGAUUUCAUCGUAGAAUGGCGUAGUUAUAUUUAUUUGCUCUUUGACUAAAAUAUUUAGCUGUAUUAUUGCUAAACAUGCCGUUUUUGAGAAUUUGGUUUGCAACUAGGUUUCAACAUCCAACCACGCGCCAUCAGCCCAUUGAAAACAUUAGAUCACGUCAGCUAGUUUCCUAUCCAUUUAUUUUAUUAUCCAUGCAUGGUUAGAGCUAUCCGAAUUGGUUUAAUAUGCAUGAUAAAAAUAUGAUCGUGGGAAUGGCAACACUGAUCUGCAUGAUUGAUUCGCGAAAAUUUGCUGAAAUAGUAAACUAAUAAUAAUUUAAUAUUUAAAGUAGUCACGUGCAUAAUAUUUUGACGGGCGUCCAAAAUUGACCCCUCACCUGACAGCCAUGUCUAUCUGACUUUCUUGACCGAAUUUUCAACGGCAAUAGUAGAAUGAAGGACUGUUUUUUAUUUAGCUGAAAUGGUUAAAUGACUAUCAUAAGAAAACAGCUGAGCUUGUAGGUCCCGAGUUGAAAAGGCAGAAGAAAACAAAAGAAUAUUUUUGGUUGAUGAAGAGCACAAAGCCAAUUUUGAAGGAUGUAGAUGCUACGUCAGAUGGAACCAUCGCAGUGAAAUCGAUUGCUCUUAUUUUUGGAGCAGCUAUGAGUUGGUUGUCCAUUUUAAAUUACUUGUAACCGACAUCGUCUAUGCGUCAUAGUUUGAAAUAACAUGUCAUGUUAAUUAAUUCGAAGCAUCUUUGUUGAGUGAAUUUUAACUAAUUUUGUAAAAUCGUGUCUUAAAUCAUAACCAAUUUCUUCUUUCUCGGUAAUCAAAAUUUGAUUUAUACAAUAUAUAUGUAUUAUUUUAGGAUUUCUUGUUUCAAAGACAAUAAAAUAUCAAAGUGCACGAGUUCAAUGGAACUAUGGGUAGGAAUAUUUUUUUGUUCACUACUCUGACGAGUAAAUGAAUUCCAAUAAAUGUAAGCCUAUAGGGGAUACUGAGGCUCGGUAUUUGAUUCUCUUAGCUUGUGAGUCUAUAUGAUAAAUGUAUGACUGAAAAUGCUCGGUAUAAUUGAUCAGUUUUCUUAGUUUGUGAGUCUAUAUGAUAAAUGCAUGACUAAAUACUAAAUUAAAAAUAUUAUUGGAUAACCGAGCUUUGUUUUUGGAACUAAAUUUUCAUCGUUAGAGUAAAAAUAAAUAUUUAUACAAGCAAAAAUUUAUUAUAAAAUUUAAUUAAAAAUGUAGUGUAUACGUAACAUACAAUUAGUUAGAUAGAUUAUAAGUUGUAAUUAAAAAUGUAAAAAUUUUGUUAAGAAUAAUUAAAUCAAUUAAAAGUUAAAAUAAUUUUUAAGAUUAACUUUUAUCGGCUAUAUAGACCGUGGAAACAUUAUACAAGUAUAUAGCCUCGAAUUCAUUUUGAAAACAGACAGAAACUAACAUUACGUAAGAUUGAAAAACGAAUAUUAAAUAAAAAACUAUGAGUAAACUAACUCGUUUUUUUACUGAAGCAAAUCUUUACCCCAAAA